UGUAUAACCAAAGACAAAAGAUGAACAGUUUCGAUGAGAUCGGGGUAUUUAUAUACGACACCUGUGCCGACCCAACCGUCACUCAUAGGCAAACCGUACGCCUAAUAUCACAUCUGUUUAGUGUCGGUAAUAGGGUUUGUCGCGACUCCAGAAUAUAUCCCCCAUUAAUCGGCGUUAUAUUUGACGGACAACUAUUUGACAAAUCGCUUGACUUAUUCAAGUCGUUCAAAGUUCCCAUAAUAACCACAUCUGAGAGCAGACCUAAUGAUGAAAGUAACGCAACGAAUGUGUUUUCUGUGGCACCGGCUGUCAAAUACCUGUCAAAUGCAAGCGGUCAUGUCAUUAGUGAAGGAACUCAAGUGGCAAUCCAUGUCUUUAGUUGUGUCCGAUGA